UGCCGGACUGAAUAUGUAGAAGACAAAUUAGAAAAAACUGAAGAAAUCGCCGACAAAGAAACGGGAGAAUCCAGUUCCAGUAAAGCAGAAUCAACAAAGAAGGUUCCAGUUGAAAUUUGCUUAAAUUUGAAUGAUAAAAAAACUAUGAACAUGGAAGGUGUUGCUCGUUUAUUCCUCGUUAAGCUAUACGGUGAAAUGCCUUAUUUGGAAUUUCUCGAAAAACAAAAGUCGAAUCAGGGAACAUAUGUAGUCAAAAGGGGAAAAGUACACACUUCGAUUACUGGUAAAAAACGCCUUCAUGAACAAGGGAGCGGUAGUCAGACAGAGAGCGGUAUUCAUCAUGAACAUAAAAAAGAAAAAAAGAGUCCACGAACAAGUUUAAGCCCAAGCAAAAAGCGAGCUGAAAGCCCAACUAAACGUGUUUAA